AUUAGGAUUGACAAACAUCCAGUAAAGGCGGUGUCGCUCCCAGCUUGCACGGGCAGCGUGUCUGGAGGGUUAUCCAGCUGGAGACACUUCUGUUGGGAAAGUUGUGUUUGAGCAAAAAAAAGCUGACGGAGACACAUGUAGACUGGUAGACAGCCAUGAAAACGGGCCCGGCUCCACGUGGUGAUUAAAUCUACACAUUACCAGGCUUGAGGAUUUUUUUUCCUCCAUCUUCCCAAUUUUUGGGUGUUAGGGAAUAUUUCUAGGGGAGGAUGCCAGAGACAUACCUGCGUGCAUAGAUAAAGAUUUGGGUGAGGUGUAAAUACGUAUGAAAGUUGGAUCACGCUUGGUGCAGUUUCUAGAUGAAAAUACACACGCGCACAGACAUGCACACUGAUCUGUGUAAAUAUGAGGUGCUUUGUUACCACACACUGACCGCUCUGCAAGUGGAUACGUGGGUAUUUGAUGCAGUUAAAUUAUACCCGCCUAGUUAGUUCACUCCAUAAAGGCAUGUCUUCUGUAAUGCCGCCUAAUUUUGUUCUGAAUUCGUGUCACCCAUACUCCUAUCGGCAGAAUGUGACGCAAUGAAUGAAGAUUAAUAACUCUCUUGGAUCUUGAGCCACAUAACCAACUGCCUUUAUUUUGCAACACUAGCCUUUUUUGUUCGCCCCCAUAUUGCCUUUAUAAGACUAUUUGGACAGGAUCGAGUCCUACUUAGCAGACAGUGCGGUUUGUCUGCCAAAAUUGAAACACAAAAUGUCUCUCAAGUGGCUAAAUAUAUGGAGGUAUUAAACAUCCGUAUGGAUUUUGAUAUGCAGUUUUUGCAAUGAAUUUUAUUUUAUAGGUCAGUUUGCUUUUAAAAGAAAAUAGUGCCAAAGGAAAAAAAGGAUGAACCCGGAAAAUAUCACCAAGGAAGCUGUCCUUAUUACUGGAGGAGGUGGUUACUUUGGUUUCCGUUUAGGUUGUGCCCUAUGCAAAAAGGGAGUCAGCGUGAUUCUGUUUGAUGUCGGGAAGCUGAUCCAGGCUGUACCAGAGGGAGUAAAGUUCGUAGAGGGGGAUGUCUGCCAUCUCUCUGAAGUGGAAAAAGCCCUGCGCGAUGUUAUCUGCGUGUUCCAUAUUGCUUCCUAUGGAAUGUCUGGCAGGGAGCAACUGAACCGAAAACUUAUAGAAGACGUGAAUGUGAGAGGAACAGAAAAUGUCAUCCAGGCUUGCAGGAAAGCAGGCGUGUCGAGACUGGUCUAUACAAGCACGUACAAUGUCGUGUUCGGAGGCCAGGUUAUCAAAAAUGGGGAUGAAUCUCUGCCUUAUUUCCCUGUUCACCUCCAUCCUGAUCACUACUCCCGGACCAAGUCACUAGCAGAGAUGAAAGUGCUGGAGGCAAACGGCACUGAGCUUGGAGAAGGCAAAGGAGUGUUAAGGACCUGUGCUCUUCGACCAGCAGGCAUCUAUGGGCCUGGAGAACAAAGGCAUCUCCCAAGAAUAGUUAGCUACCUUGAAAGGGGAUUCUUUAAAUUCCUGUAUGGGGAUCCCCAUAGUUUAGUAGAAUUCGUGCAUGUAGAUAAUUUAGUUCAGGCUCAUAUCCUGGCCUCUGAGGCACUCAAAGCCACCAGCCAGCACAGAGCUGCUGGCCAAGCCUACUUCAUCUCAGAUGGCAGGCCAGUAAACAACUUCGAAUUUUUCCGACCUCUAGCUGAAGGCUUGGGUUACAGAUUCCCAACCCUUCGCCUUCCUCUCACCCUCGUGUAUUUCUUUGCAUUCCUAACUGAAAUGGUUCACACUCUGGUCGGCCCUUUAUAUAAUUUUCAACCUCUUCUCACUCGCGCUGAGGUUUACAAAACAGGCAUCACACAUUAUUUUAGCAUGGAGAAGGCCAGGAAGGAGCUAGGGUACACACCCGAGCAGUUCAAUCUAAAUGAAGUGGUGGAGUGGUUUAAGUCACGGGGACAUGGGAGGAAGCUUAGAAACUAUACGGUAAAAGAUCUCAUUAGGGACGGAGGCUUGGUCUUGCUGCUGGCUGCAUUGGUGCUCUCCUGGCUUCCAAUGGCAAUCGCAAUGUCAGUGUGAAAGACACAACGUACUGAGCCUGUUACGUCUAUUUUCGAGUGAUAAUACAUGCACAGUACAUGAGAAUUGAGAUGCAACCAGACCUCGCCUGCUCUCUCUGAAGAAAUCCCAUUAUUACCAGCGGUGAAAUAACUCUCCUCUUCAAGUCUUAAAUCUAUUAUUUUUGCAUUCCAGAACAACACAGUGAUAUAUCCCAGCACUUUUGGGGGGUGGCCAUAUGGAUACAGAACACACUCUGUCCAGCUAUGGCACUGUUCAGAUUAAACGGAUCAACAACGUUACCAGACAAGUGACUAUACUUAGUCGUCAUACUGAUUAUAGUCAUCUGUAGGGCAAAGUGAGGCUGUACUCUGAAAAGUAACACAGUUCCCAGUUCUGUGGUGUUUUGUUGACUUCCGUUGUCCGCGAGGUGUGAGAAAGUGAGCAGCCUGCAUUCUUGCUUUGGGUUUGAGCCUGGUGUCUUUGCUUCUAACUGAUCACCACAAACAAGAGGGAUCCUUUGGGCCAACACAGACACAUCUUUGUUCCCUCCCUCCAUUUCAGGCAUGCCACUGCUGACAUCCACAUCCUAUUGUUUUCUGCAGGCUCGGAGACGCACAAUUGAUCCAGAUUAAUAAGCGUCUUGCUGGUGAUGUGUAUGGGGGAUAGGGUUGUGUUCACCUCGUCUGAGCUCUGGAGAAACUGGUGCGUAAAAGCACGACAGCUCUAAUUGUGUCACCUGGGUAAACAACAGUGGCUCUGAAUACCCUUGGGGAACAGAACUGCUGAUGCUACUUUUCUAGAGAUCCCCUUUUCAGAUGAGAGCAGCACUUCCCUUUAGCAGGUAAUCACAGGCAGGAGAAAGAUCAAUAUGAUUGCUAAUGGCAUGUUGUUUGCAGUUACAGCAGCGUGCUGCAAAUUAUGGAACAGACUUACCCUUUUCACACUGCCCAGAUUAUACCCGUGACCCCUGCUAUUGAUUCUUCCUUAACAAAUAUGUGGCUCGUGGCCCAGAAGAGAACGCUCUACCUUGCUCAAAAGCAAGCGUAUUUCGAAAACCAAGUUCAUUCACUGUCCAUUCCCAGCCAAACUGUGGUCUACAGUACGGAGAUAAGUUUUUAUAAAAUGGCCUCAUACCCAUGGGCUGGCAAAUCCACUUGAGUUCCUGUUCACCGGGGGGGGCGGUGUUUCCAUUAACAUCCACAAAGGAUAAGCCUAACUGCUUAAACCUUACAUGCUAGUAACUUUUGUUAAAUAAGAGCCAACGUUCAUCUGGAGUCAGUGCGACAGAGACUACCUUGAUCGCUUGUACUAGCACAAGUACUCUGAUAAGACAGUCUUUUCAUGAGUUUGAAAUGGUCACCCUGACGGAGGAUUACCUGAGUAUGCGAUCAGCAAUGGGAGCCAUGCAUUGGUUUCUAGUUCCGGCUCAGGAGUUUAUACUGCAUCAGCUAGUUUUGAUCACUUCGUAAUAAUCAGACAAACUGAUGAUAACCAGAGAGCGAGCGUGCAGUUGUUCCUGAAAUCCUUUAAUUCUCAUCCUUACAGCUAACCUUCCAGUUCUACCGAUUUAAUAGAAAGGAGGUUUGCAAGGCAUCCGCCACUGGUGCAGCAGCCAUGUGAUUCAGAAACCGAACUCAUGCCUAACAUUGUAUUCAGAGAAGUUACCUCAAGGUAGAAGUUGACUCAAUGGAUUUACUGUUAAAAACAAAAAGCAUAAUGAUGCUAAUGGAAAAAAUACUGAAAUAAACCUAAACGGACAGAAAUUUUCGGCGUGCUCACAUGUUCUAAAUAUAUUGCGUCUGCAAUGUCAUACUUCUGAAGCACUUCUACAGCGAGCUAAUUUGUAACCAUUGCUGUAGCCAAGUGCUCCGUUUGAAGCACUGGUUUGUAGACUUUUUCUAACGGUAAAACAUGCUUAUUUAAAACGAACAAGCUGAUUAAAAUGUGCAUUAAUAAAUAAAGGCAAUGAUUUUCUCCACAA